AUGCAGAGUUUGGUCUUGUUCCUGGCUGUCUUGCUUGCUGGGAUCCAAGUCAUCUGCUCAUACACUGAUCCUGGUGACUCUGCGGCACUUCAAUCUCUGAAGGCAACAUGGCAGAACACGCAGCCGAGCUGGGAAAAAGACGAUCCUUGCGGGGCACCUUGGGAUGGUGUGACCUGCAACGACUCGAGGGUGUCUGCGCUGAGCCUUUCGACUAGGAACAUCGCAGGGUCAUUAAGUGGCAACAUCGGAAGCCCCACGGAGCUAAUAUCUUUGGAUCUGUCUUUUAACAGAGAACUCACCGGUCCCCUCGUACCGCAACUGGGAGAUCUGCAGAAGCUAACUACCUUAAUUUUAGCAGGCUGUGGCUUCACCGGCGAGAUUCCUGAUGAGUUGAGCAAACUUUCCAACCCGGUCUUCUUGGCUCUUAUUAGUGAUAAUUACUUCGUUGGUAGUCUUCCUCCCUCUCUGGGCAAAUUGUCCCAGCUCUUUUGGCUCGAUUUGGCUGGAAACCAGUUUAGUGGGACUAUACCUGUUUCGACAGACAGUGCCCCGGGCUUGGAUCUUCUCCUAGAUGCCAAGCACUUCCGUCUCAAUAAGAACCUUUUCUCCGGUUCCAUUCCUGAGAAACUAUUCAGCGCAGACAUGAAAUUGACGCACUUAGUACUUGAUAACAAUCAACUUAGCGGACCUAUCCCGUCGACAUUAGGACUUGUUCUGACACUCGAGGUUCUUCGACUUGACAACAAUUCGUUUUCGGGGGAAGUCCCCGCGAGUCUCAACAACCUUGUCAACGUCAUUGAAUUGAAUUUAGCAUACAACAGCCUGACUGGUCUCUUUCCCGAUUUGAGCAAAAUGGAGUCGCAUACCUUCGUGGAUCUCAGCAACAAUUACUUCAGCCCGACAGAUGUUCCAGAUUGGCUCUCAAACUUGCCAUGGCUAAGCACUCUGAUUGUGGAGAACGGAUCGCUUCAAGGGCCUCUACCGAAAGAACUGUUCAGCAGUCCAGAGCUUCCAUUUGUAAAAUUGAGAAACAAUGCAAUCAAUGGCACAUUGAACAUGAGCAGCAAUAUCAGCCGUAAUCUGGAGCUCGCCAAUCUCCGAUAUAAUCAGAUUUCCUUGGUGGAAACCAAUUCAUCAGAAUAUGCCAAUACACUAGUGCUCUUAGGCAAUCCGGUCUCCAACAACAGUCUUGCAAACACAAGCUACUGCCAACCUCCACAACAACCUGCGACGUCUAAUUAUUCUACCAGCCUCGCGCAUUGCGGAAACAAUUCGUGUCCACACAACCAAAUGCUCAGCCCUCAGAGCUGCAAUUGCGCUUUUCCGUACCAAGGAAAAUUAUAUUUCAAAGCACCCUCCUUCAGGGAAAUCAAUGUGACCUUGUUUCAGGAUCUCGAGGAGAGCCUCCGAACAGGAUUGGACCUCGCUCCCCACUCGGUUUUCCUAGAGAACCCCUUCUUCAAUAUCGACAACUAUCUGGAAGUUCAAGUUGCGCUCUUCCCGUCCCCGGGAAAUCAAUUCAAUGGUUCGGAGAUCACACGCAUCGGACUCGACCUGAGCAGCCAAAUUUGUAAACCGCCUCAACAACUCGGUCCCUAUUAG